AUGCGUAAAAUUGUUGAUGACGGCACACCCGGAAUUAAAAGAUGUUUUCUGCCUCACCACCCAGUUGUGAAGGAGGAGAGCACCACUACGAAGCUUCGUGUGGUGUUUGAUGCGUCCUGCAGGGCUUCUAAAGGGAUUUCUGUGAAUGAGGCUCUACUAGUGGGUCCUGUUAUUCAGCAGGAUCUACGAUCAAUUGUUCUUCGUUGCAGAAUGCGUCAAAUCAUGCUCGUUUCGGACGUCGAAAAAAUGUUUCGGCAAAUAAGAAUAAACCCAGCUGAUGCUCCUCUCCAAAGUAUUUUAUGGCGGUUCAGAGAGGAAGAUGAGGUGGAAACGUAUGAGUUAAAGACAGUUACAUACGGUACGAAACCGGCACCGUUUUUAGCAACGCGAACACUUAAGCAGCUAGCGAUAGAUGAAGCGGAACGUUAUCCUCUGGCAGCAAACGUUAUUAAAAACGAUAUCUACAUGGAUGAUGUGAUUACAGGCGCCGAUGAUGUCGAAACAGCUACAAGGCUGCGAUUGCAACUGGAUGCAAUGCUGGAAAGUGGAGGAUUCCGAUUGAGGAAAUGGGCAUCGAACUGUGUAGCAGUAUUGAAGGAUAUUCCGAAAAACAAUUUGGCGCUCCCAGAGACAAAUGGCAUCAGCUGGGAGCAGGAUUCUGCAGUUAAGGCUUUAGGUUUAACUUGGUUACCAAAAUCAGACACGUUAAGGUUUAGUUUCGUCAUUCUCGAGCUGGCGCCAGAUCAAACACUAACCAAAAGGAAGGUCCUUUCGAUUAUUGCAUCAUUCUUUGACCCUUUGGGUCUCCUAGGAGCCACGAUCACGAAGGCUAAAAUUUUUAUGCAACGUUUAUGGAGUGCGAAAAAUACAAAUGGGCAUGCAUUGGAGUGGGACUCGCCUCUUACCGAGGCUCUUGAGGCAGAUUGGCGGAUUUACCAUCAGCAGUUGGCCUUGUUAAAUGAGUUGCGCAUUCCGAGAUGCGUAAUUGCAUCCGCAGCAGCAUCAGUUCAAAUUCACUGUUUUUCUGAUGCGUCUGAACGAGCAUACGGUGGAUGUGUGUACGCAAGAUCUAUGGAUGCAAACCAGUUGGUCACAGUUAAGCUUCUUACUGCCAAAUUUAAGGUAGCUCCAUUAAAAACUCAAAGCCUACCGCGACUCGAAUUAUGUGGCGCUAGACUAGUUGCGGAAUUAUGGGAAAAGGUGACGGAAGCAAUCGGACCAAAUUAUGAAGUGCAUUUUUGGACGGAUUCCACUUGUGUUCUACGGUGGAUCCAAGCUUCCCCAGGAACCUGGGUUACGUAUAUAGCAAAUCGCGUAUCUAAAAUCCAACCCAUAACAGAGGAGCACACUUGGCAUCAUGUACCAGGCUUGAGCAACCCGGCUGACUUAAUUUCGCGUGGAGUAACGCCAGAAGUAUUAAUUGAUAACAGUUUGUGGUGGGAGGGACCAGAUUGGUUAAAACAAGAAAAAGACCAAUGGCCCCAAGGGCAGGAAAAUCUUUCGGAAGGAGUGCUAGAAGGAAGACGAAUUGCGGCUGCUGUGGUGGCAGUCAACGAGAAUGGGUUUAUGCAUGAGUACAUUGCUAGAUUUUCAUCAUACACCAGGUUAUUGCGAGUAACUGCUUACUGUUUGCGCUUAAAGGCAAGGGCAAUGCCAAAGGAAAAUAGAUGUUUCAUAACAACAGCGGAAUUAAGAGAAGCAGAGUUUGCCAUUAUUCGGAGGGUCCAACAGGACACGUUCUUCGAGGAUUUAAAACGGCUAAGAAAAGGCGAGGCUGUUUCACGUCAUUCUUUACUAAGAUGGUUUAAUCCAAAAAUAGCGGAAAACGGUAUACUACGGAUAGGUGGGCGGUUAGAACAUUCUCAAGAGCCAGCAGAUGCUAAACAUCCGAUGGUUUUACCGGCGAAGCAUGUGCUGACAGAACUUAUACUAUUGCAUUAUCACCAAAAUUUGAUGCACGCAGGCCUUCAGUUGUUACUAGCUACUGUUAACCAACUCAUACCGCCGUUUGUGGAAGAUGGUGAAGGACCGACCGCUUCACGGUGGGAGAAGUGGCGAGAACAUUUUGAUGCUUAUCUGGCAUGGAAGGGCGUAGAAGAUCAUGAGGAAAAAUUCAAAUCUCUCAUGCUGUUCGGAGGACAAGAUGUCCGUAAAAUAAUAUCGGAGGUUCAACCCAACGACGACCAUCUGUUGGGAAAUCGCUAG